AUCAGCUGGAGAGUGCAAAUCGUUGCUCACAACAACAUUUCAAGUUUAACUGAGAAUUAUUCACGAGAGGAUAAAGCACUGACCAUGACCCACACACCCUUGUUUUGGAUUCAACAUAGUCAUAUCUACAUUUUAUUUCCAAAAUGAAAGAUUUUUCAUCAACCUAAUUUAGAAGUACCUUUGUGAAAAUGGGAGACUGGAACUUUCUUGGUGGGAUUUUGGAGGAAGUGCAUAUCCACUCCACCAUGGUGGGCAAGAUCUGGCUGACCAUCCUGUUCAUCUUCCGGAUGCUGGUGCUGGGCGUGGCGGCAGAGGACGUGUGGAACGAUGAGCAGGCCGACUUCAUCUGCAACACGGAGCAGCCGGGCUGCAGGAACGUCUGCUACGACCGUGCCUUCCCCAUCUCCCUCAUCCGCUACUGGGUGCUGCAGGUCAUCUUCGUGUCCUCGCCCUCGCUGGUCUACAUGGGCCACGCCAUCUACCAGCUGCGGGCUCUGGAGAAGGAGCGCCACUGUAAGAAGGCGGCGCUGCGGCGCGAGCUGGAGGGCGUGGACGUGGAGCUGCUGGAGGUCCGGAGGAGAAUCGAGAGGGAGAUGAGACAGCUGGAGCAGGGGAAGCUGAACAAGGCUCCUCUCAGGGGCUCACUGCUCCGCACCUAUGUGGCCCACAUCGCGACCCGCUCAGUGGUGGAGGUGGGCUUCAUGACGGGCCAGUACCUCCUGUACGGUCACCAGCUGGGUCCUCUCUAUAAAUGCGACAGGGAACCUUGCCCAAACGUGGUGGACUGCUUUGUCUCUCGGCCGACAGAAAAGAGCGUGUUCAUGGUGUUCAUGCAGGGUAUAGCAGCCGUGUCCUUGUUCCUCAGCCUGCUGGAGAUCAUUCACCUGGGCUACAAGAAGCUGAAGAAGGGGAUCCUGGACUUCUACCCUCACCUCCAGGACGAACUGGACGACUACUACGUGAGCAAGUCCAAGAAGAACUCUGUGGUUCAUCAGGCGUGUCUGGGGACCUCUGGGGGGUGCAAGGCCACCAUUCCCACUGUGCCCAGUGGCUACACCCUCCUGCUGGAGAAACAAGUGAACGGCCCCCACUACCCCCUCCUCAAUGCCUGCUCCGCCUUCGUCCCCAUACAAGACGCCCCCAGAGCCAAACCAGGAUCAGACACCAAAGAGGUGGUGAUGCCCAGUUCUGUGGAGCACAACAGCAACUCCAACAACACCAGCAGUGAGGCCCAUUCCCCUGCUCCGGACAAGCACCACCCCCCUCCCUCCCACUGUGAGGAUGUGGAGUCUGGGAGCCCUGAGUACCCCACCCUGCCGGUGGCCAGCGCCUCAUCCUGCCCCAGCCUGUCAGGCUUCACCAGGAAGCCACGGAGGGAGAGCGCGCCGUGGAACUGCACCACGGUGGUGGAGGGGAACGGUUCAGACAGCGGGGACUCUUACCCAGGGAACAUGAAGCCUCGCUGCAGCUUCGCAGCCAGCCGGACCAGAGCCUUCUCUAAGCCCGACCUCAAGAGACUGAAGAGGGCCCAGAGCCCAGACUCUGCCGGGGAGCAGAGCUCUGCGUCUCAGCACAGCCGCGACAGCCCUGCCACCUUCUCUCCGAACUGCAGAGUGUCAUUGGCAAGUAACGCCAGCAGCAGGCGAGCCACAACCGACCUGCAGAUCUAAGCGUUAGUUAAUUAUUCUCAUAAUGCCAACAAAAACUUGCAGCACUGUCAGUAUGUUUUAAUGGCUAAUUAACAAGAUUUCACACUUCUGACAAUUAUUAUGAGGGGUUCAUCUUCACAGUUGUGAGGUAUAUUGUUUUCGAUAAAAGCCGCAAUGUAUCGUUAUACACAAAUGUUUGAUAUAGCUGGAAAGCACCACUAGUGGCCCCGACUCCAUGUUGUGCAGUCUAGGCUUCCAAAACAACACGUGCAGAGCAGUGGAAAAAUAGGAGCAGAAAAUCUAUAAUCCAGCUUUAGGCAGUCAUUUGCUAUUAUGUAACCCUGAGGUCUAAAUUAUAUAUCAUCAUGUGUGUGAUGUCAAUUUUAAACUCCAAUCAAGAGAAAAUUACAACCAGUUUUCUCAUCACAUUGACGUACACAUAAAUAGGUUUGUGAUAUUAUGAAGUGCUGAGAAGAUUCCCCAUCCUACCAACAAGUUUGGGCCUUUAAAUUGACAAUAUUGUUGUUG